UCAACCACAAGUACACAACCAUGAGUAUUCUGACAUUAAUAAUUUUAGUUUAAAAACAUUAAGCAGGAAAACGCAUGCUUCUAUUUUUCGGCGAAAUUGCUCAUAUUAAUAUUAUUGCCCCAUCACCUUUUUGUAGCUGCAUAUGUACAAUACGCGCGGUUUUAAGCAACAUAUUGCGAUGAUGUUUCUGUGUACUUGUGCAGAGCAGGUUCCUGAUGGGCACCAGUGAACCGACGUUUUAAUGCGGAACCUUGGGGAAUAUUCGUGAUUAUCAUUGACAAAGGGUUUCUUAUGGAUAGAGCGAGAAUGUGGACGUUCAUAUGGAUUCUGGAGGUCAUUUUGACGUGUUCCUUAUCAUUACGGGUGUGUGCGGAGUCUGACGACGCCGCGACGAAACUGCGUAUCGAAGUGAAGCUGGUGCAGUUCAGCAAUCCGGACGGUAUUCUGUACAACCGGAAACGCUGCGAUUUCAUGACACCAUGCGACCCCACUAUCUUCGCUUACGUAGAUCUAGAAAAUCCCGACGCUCGCCGACUUGAUUUUGAACAGGAUUCACACAACUUUCAAAAGAUCCGGAGUGUGUGGGACACGAAUAUCGUUGACUUAGAUGAAACAGUUCGUAGGGAUAUUUCCGUCCCGGCAAACGGCACGCAGACGGCGACGGUGCGGGUAAAGGUCCAGGAUUACGACCACACCAAUCAUUUUGAUCCCAUCGAUAAUUUCGAAUGCAAGAUCAGUUUCUCUGCAUCCUCGGUUUCCGAUCAGUGGUCGGAUGUUGUAACGUGUCAGGGAAUUAAUCAGCCCGAUAAAAUCAGUAUUAAAUUCCGCUGGAGGAUCGCACUGACGCCAAAGACCAAACGCUGAGUCGCUGACCGAUAUUGUUAUUGCAAUACGAUUACCUAUUUUGUAUGUUAAAAACAUUAUGAAUUACGUGGUUAAUUACCCUAAUUUAUGUUCUAUCUGAACGUUUUCUAAUUAUGGGAUGACUUUUCCCUUUAUGCUUAUUGUAUACAUAAAUAAAAAUAAUUAUUAUAAACAAGGUCUUACGAUAUAACGAAUCAUAACCUACGUACCUUUACUUUUAAUUUAACAGUUUGCUUGAGUAUUGUUAAUAAGUUGCGGAAGUCACUGGGAAGAGGGAACGCAUUUAUUCACACAGUGUGAUAGAUUUCCCAUAAACUGCGUUUGCCAAGCGAACCAGAGUGGUCGUUGACCCAAGCCAAACCAAAACAAAACGUUUUGAUGAGUUUUGCUCGUUGUUGCUGAUCAUGGACACACCGGGCUAACUGGACAGUCUGGGCUGCGCAUUACGCGCUG